AUGGCCCACCAAGUCAGCCUCAGUUCCCUCCAGGAGUCGGAACGCGAAGUGAUCCUCCAGGUUUUGUACCGGGACCAGGAGGUUCAAAACACGGAGGCGGAGCGGAUACGGAAACUGAAGACGCACUUGCAGCAUCUCAGGUGGAAAGGCGCGAAGAGCCAUGAGUACACAGAGAAGUCUUGUGCCCGCUGCCAGCAGACCCUGGGGCUCCUGCUGAACCGGGGAGCCGUGUGUCGGGGCUGCAGUCACCGCGUGUGCAGCGAGUGCCGGGUGUUCCUGAGGCGGACCCGCGCCUGGAAGUGCACCGUGUGCUUCGAGGACAGAAAUGUGAAAAUAAAAACUGGAGACUGGUUCUUCGAGGAACGAGCCAAGAAAUUUCCAGCUGAAGGCAAGCACGAGACAGCCGGAGCAAAGCUCUUGCAAUCUUAUCAGAAGCUGAGCAAGAUCUCCGUGGUGCCUCCCACCCCUCCGCCUCUCAGUGAAAGCCAGUGUAGCGGCAGCCCUGCCAGGUUGCAGGAACUCGGGCAGUUUAAAGGAUUCAAUAAGUCUGUGGAAAAUUUGUUUCUGUCUGUCACCACCCACAUGAAAAAACUCUCCAAGUCCCAGAAUGACAUGACCUCUGACAAGCAACACCUGGAGACGGUCCCCAGGCAGCGUGAGGGCCGGCCGGAGAGGAGGAGCCUGUCCGACACGGCAAUCAACGCCAGCACCAGGAAGGUCAGCACACCAGAUAUUCUGAAACCUCUCAGUCCAGAGAGCCCCAGACGCCUUACGAGCCCUGUUUUGAAGCAAGAAGACAUCUCAUCCAGUCCAGUGCUCAACACUUUGUUCUCAGGAGGCUUGAGACAGGGAAGUCUAAUCAGCAUUAACAGCACUUGCACAGAGAUGGGCAAUUUUGACAAUGCUAAUGUCACUGGAGAGAUAGAAUUUGCCAUUCGUUACUGCCUCAGAACUCAUUCUUUAGAAAUAUGCAUCAGAGCCUGUAAGAACCUUGCCUUUGGAGAGGAAAAGAAGAAAAAGUGCAAUCCGUACGUCAAGACCUAUCUGCUACCUGACAGAUCGUCCCAGGGAAAACGCAAGACCAGCGUCCAGAAGAACACGGUGGAGCCGACCUUUCAGGAGACCUUGAAGUACCAGGUGGAGCUGGCCCAGCUGGCCAGCCGGCAGCUGCAGGUGUCCGUGUGGCACCUGGGCGUGCUCACCCGGAGGGUGUUUCUUGGAGAAGUGAUCAUCCCUCUGGCCACGUGGGACUUCGAAGACAGAGUGUCGCAGUCCUUCCGCUGGUAUCCGCUCCGGGCCAAGGCAGAGAAAUCCGAAGACAGCCUUCCCACCAAUAACGGAGAACUCGCAGUCCGGGCCAUGCUGGUCCUCCCUGCAGGGCCCAGAGAGCUCCAGGAGGCUCCAGAAGGGACAGGAGACGAGCCAUCACAGAACGGUCAGCUCUGUUUGGUGGUGCUGGGAGCCAAGAAUCUACCUGUGCGGUCCGAUGGCACCUUAAACUCAUUUGUUAAGGCCUGUCUCACUCUGCCAGACCAACAGAGGUUGAGACUCAAGUCCCCCGUCCUGAAGAAGCAAGCCUGUCCCCAGUGGAAGCAUUCCUUCGUUUUCAAAGGCGUCACCCCUUCGCAGCUGAGGCAGUCCAGCCUAGAACUGACUGUUUGGGACCAGGCCACCUUCGGGGUGAAUGACCGCUUCCUGGGAGGUGCCAGGCUUGGUUUGAAGGAGGACCAGCCCGGCGGCGCACACACAAGCUCACAGGCAAAGCUCCAGUGGCAGAAAGUUCUUUCCAGCCCCAACCUGUGGACAGACAUAACCCUCAUCCUGCGCUGA